AUGUCGGCGACUCCCAUCGUCCCCUUCUCGGAACCGCCGUACCUUGCCGGGCUGCCGUCGCCGUACUACAAGGAGACGCAUUUGAAAUUCCAAAAGGCGUGUCGCGAGUUUUGCGAGAAACACUUGCUGGAGAAGGCGCUGGAAUGGGACACGCUCGAGGAUGUGCCGCCGCACGUGUUUGAGACGUUUGCAAAGGCCAAUAUGCUGAUUCCUUCGCUGCCGGCACCGCUGCCCGUCGCGCAGCUGAAGAAGCUGGGGGUCCAUGAUAUCUUGGGUGUGGUCAAGGUCGAGGAGUGGGAUUACAUCCACAUGAUGAUUUAUACGGAUGAGAUGAACCGAUCGGGUCUCUCAGGGCCGCCAUCAUCGCUCACAACGGGCAUGGCGUUUGGCGUGCCGCCUAUUUUCAAAUUCGGAAAUCAGCAGCUGCAAGAUCGGUUUCUGCCGGAGCUCCUGACGGGCAAGAAGCGGAGUUGCAUUGCCAUUACAGAACCCGAGGCUGGAUCCGAUGUCGCCAAUAUCACCACCACGGCGGAAAAGACGGCAGACGGCAAAUACUACAUUGUCAACGGCAGCAAGAAGUGGAUCACCAACGGCAUCUGGUCGGACUACUCUUCCAUGGCUGUAAGGACUGACGGACCGGGACCUGGCGGGCUGUCGAUGCUCGUGGUGCCUUUGAAAGGAUAUCCGGGCGUCACCAUGCGAAGGCUCAAGGUCGGUGGUAUGAUCACGGGAGGCACGACCUACAUUGAGCUCGACGACGUCAAGGUGCCUGUGGAGAACCUCAUUGGCGAGGAGGGCAUGGGCAUGAAGUACAUCAUGACCAACUUCAACCACGAGCGUCUCUCGAUUGCCAUUGGCGCAACGCGUCAAGAGCGCGUGGCUCUGGCGAGCGCAGUGGAAUAUGUUCUGAAGCGCGAGGCUUUUGGCAAGCCGCUGGUUGAGCAGCCUGUCGUACGGCACCGGCUGGCGAAGGCGGGUGCACUGCUAGAGUCGCAGUGGGCAUGGGUCGAGCAGUUUGUGUACCAGAUGGCGAACAUGCCCAAGGAAAAGGCGGACAUUGAGCUGGGUGGCUUGACGGCCAUGACCAAGGCGCAGUCGGGCAUUGUCUUGAACGAGUGCGCGCAGGUAGCGCAGCUGCUGUUUGGUGGUAGCGGAUACACAAAGAGCGGUCAGGGUGAAUUGGUUGAGCGAAUCUACCGCGACGUGCCUGGCAUCCGCAUCCCGGGCGGGUCGGAAGACGUGCUGCUGGACCUGGGGGUGCGCCAGCUAGUCAAGAACUUCAAGGCCAAGACGCAGGCGCUCAAGGCAUCAUCCUCGAAGCUAUAAGGCUGUAUGUAAGAUUUAAGUAGCCGGUGUGGGGAAACCAGGAAACCACCACAUUGACAUAGCCAGAGGGGGAGGGGGGGAGUUCCCCCAAAUCAAGAUUGUCGUUGCUGCGGGCGUAAGAAAGUGUUGGUGUCAUGGUUGGUCGCGUGGGUGCCAAGAGGGGAAGGGAGGGGGGGGGAGGCGGAACAGCCAAUGAGCUGGUUUUCCGCCCGGACGAGCAGGCGGAUAAGGAACCCGUGUUGCGCGCACGUGAGCCCCCACACGCACAACCUCCAAGCCAGCCGGGCUUAGGGAUGCGCCGGAAGCAGAAGUGAAUGCGUGCAUGCGCAUGUGCAUGGGUUAAACCCCUCGCUUCGGCCCUUCCUCGAUCGGACCAGCAUGAAAUGUCUGUGGUUGUAGGCUGUGACGGGUCGGAGCUGAGGGCCUCGAUCGGUAGUGUGCGUGUGUGUCAAACAUGUUGCAAUUUAACCCUUUCAGCGGGCUUGCCGCUCACUUUAUC